AUGCCCUCAACAAUAACAACUGUGUGCUAUAUCACUGAUCGACAAGAAUCCAUUACAAACAAAACUCUCAAUGUUGUUAAGGCUGCUGGGGUGAUGCGUCCUAAAAAUAAUGCCUCUGCACUAAAUCUUCUUUUAAUAGGCUUUUACUCGCAAGACAAAACCCAAAAAUCCACCUUGGCGUCCUUCUCAACUGAAGACGUAAUUUUGGUGACUGGUAAAUUUCGUAUUAUCGAAAAUUCAGAUGAAACCGGAAAAAAAUAUCCUGUAAUAAAG